AUGUCUGACGGUCAUCAAUCAGGCGAACACUCUGAAGUCUCGCGCCCGGAGCGAGUGGACUCCCUCGCAAAAUCCAAAGACCAACAGCACCUGGUGAUGAGCCUACCAAACAUCUCAAUCAGUAACCCGGAUGGCGAUAAGAUGAGUCAGUUGGCAGAAUCUGGAGAAUCUGCUCAGAGAGCUCGGUAUGAGGGUCUAAGGUAUUCAAUCGACAUGACUGGAGGAAGCUACAAAUAUGCAGGACUAGGGCUGACGAGGAAACUCCCUGGUAGUGUCGCACGCGCACGAGCUCAAGCAGAGCGUCGACUACAAGAGAGCAAGAUACAGCAGAACAAUACCACUCCGCCCACAAGCUUUACACCGAAGUAUACCGGAGACUCGCUGGCCACGAUGGAGAAGACUGUCCGAGAUCGCCACAACGGGCCUGCUACAUCCGCGCCUAACAACCAGUCUUUCACUUCCGCCUACUCCAGUAGUGACAAACAAACAGUCUCAAAUGUCAUGGCUUUCUCUAACGAUGAGAACGUGGUACCAAAAUCCGACAGCAAGUGGCGCUGUUGCAAGUGUCACCGCGGUCACGAGAUUCACAGCUUCGCACAAGGCCAACAUCCAGUCAGCGUCUUGAGCUGCGAAUGCACACAUCGAUCUUGUUCGAAGUGCAAGCUAGAAGGCCUGGUCAAGCAAUUCGUACCGAUGAGCGAGCCGGAGUUAAUCCCGUUGUCCGAAGAUGAUAGUAAAGCUAUACGGUUCGGUGUAUUCUGCGAAGGCUGUGGUUUAUCCUGGCGCGCAGAGAAAGCCCAGGACAAGGUCAAAAAGACGAAAAUGUACAAGUCGGCACUGCUACGUGUGGCUGCAAUUCCUAGGCGACUAGCGAUACGCGGUGGUGCACACCCUCUGGAGCGCCUCCGACCUAGUCGGUCGAUGAACAACCUUAACGAUCACGCAGAGAGGGAGCCUUCUGAUGUAUCGAUCGCCUCUUCCAGGUCCGUCACAAGUCUCCUCAGCUUCCGAUCUCUCUCUCGCGAGAUGAAGAAAGAAUAUGGAGAGCAGGCCGAAUCUGUUUUUGUCAAGUUCACCCGUAUCAAGUGUACCUGCGGCAUGAUUACUGAAGCUUCUUCUCUCUGUUUCCAGAUCGUGGAUCCGCCGAAAGACUUUCGCGAGGUUCAGUGUGCAAAGCAAGUGGUCGCGCGCAAUGUGGCUGGGUUUGGCAGUACACCGGAAGAUAGGGCGAGAGGACAUGGUACGCCGACCUUGACGUUGAAGGGAGGGCGCCACCCGAAUCCCCUCAGGAGCAACCCUGUGGAGUAA